UUACUCGGACGCGCAUGCGCGCAAAGCUCCAGCAAACAAAAUUCCUGCUUUUUAUUAUUCGUGGAACAAGGCUGUGGAUGGAAAGUUAUCUCGAUAAAACUGCCAGCUACGCUUUGUCGUCGUUGACUGGUUAGCUCUGAUCUGAUCAGGGCGCAGUUAGCACAGAGACGCCGUCGCUUACACGACGAGAAAAAAGCACAUCAUCAUCAUCUCGCGAACUAUUUUGCUAGGUAGCAUUGGGCAGCUAAUGCUAGCAUGACACAAUUAGCCUUUUCCUGUGUUUAUCCAGGAAGCUAGCGAGGUCUCAGUCUCAGGUGUCGCAGAAGAUAGCUGGAGCUUGUAACCUGCUGACAUUUAAAGGUUCCGAGGAAGAGCUUGUGUUGGAAACAUCAUUGUGCAUCGGCGUGUCAGUCAAGACUGCUGCUGCUGUGCCAACUGACUGACACCUCUUCAGUGGUGUGGAUGAGGGAAACAUGGCAGACCGCACGCCACCUCUGGAGUCUGGCCAGCUUCUCAGCCCUGAACUCCCAAUCCUGGCCUCACCACCACCCCCAGCCAUGGUCAACGGAGAAGGUCCCCAGCAGGUAAUCCUGGUGCAGGUAAACCCAGGUGAGGCCUUCACUAUACGACGAGAGGAUGGUCAGUUUCAAUGUAUCACAGGUCCUGCUCAGGUUCCCAUGAUGUCUCCAAAUGGUUCAGUGCCUCCUAUCUAUGUGCCUCCUGGAUACGUCUCACAAAUCAUUGAGGAGAACGGAGUGCGGAGGGUUCUGGUUUUACCUCAGCAACCAGAUUUCCACCCUGGGGGUCAUUCCCCACUCCACCACCCUCCGCCACCACCCCAUGCACACCUGCCUGCCUUCAUGCCACACCCCGCGAUGAUGGGCCCACCGCCGCCUCAUCUGUACACAGGCAUGCCAGGGGGUGUAGGGGACUUGAGCUCCCAGUACAUCCCCCAGUACCACCCAGCUCAUAUUUUCUCAGAACAGGAUUCUCACUCCCAACACGGACGCCAGUCUUUUCUUCACAGGGACGACAGGGCGAACAAAACACAUGAACGUCUUCAGAAGAAACUGAAGGAGCGUCAGGGAGGCGGAGGAGGACAGGUGAAGGACAGUCCCCCAUCUUCACCCCAGAAAUCCUGCAGCAGCCCCCCAAUGGUGGACAUUCACAACGGCGUAGGAGGAAAAGGCCUCGACGCAGAGCUCAGGCCUGGGGUCGCCUGCUCUGACAAGCAAACUAGCAAGGGAAGAAACGGAGAGUCGAGAGAGCUCGACAAAGAGGCUCAGGCCCUGCUUGCACUUCUGAGCAACAUCAGUAAACCAACGGUGUCAGACAUCCAGGCCAGAGGAGCAGUGGUCAGUUGGAGCGCACCCACCAGACCGGAGGGUGAAAAUAACACUGUGGAGGAUGACACCAGCCUCCCAGAGGACCUAAGCUACGAGGUUGCCUUCUCUAUUAAUGGCAAAGAUGGGAAAUACCAGAACGUUAACAGUGUGCAUGAGCUAAGUGCUAGUUUGGAAAAUCUACGACCAGCAACAGACUAUCAUGUCAGGGUCCAGGCAGCGUGUAACUGUUUACUGGGAAGCCCUUCAGAGUCGGUGAGCUUCACCACGUUAAGCUGUGAGCCAGACCCUCCCAGUCCUCCCAAGAAGGCCAGUGGGACCAAAAACACACUUGUACUCACGUGGAAGGCUCCAUGUGACAAUGGUUCUAAAAUUAAAAAUUAUAUUCUCCAGUGGGAUGAGGGAAAGGGCACAGGCACAUUCGAACAGUGCUACUACGGACCCCAGAAGCAGUAUCGCGUGACCAAGCUUACUCCAGCUUCUAGAUACUCCUUCCGCCUUGCUGCAAAAAAUGACAUGGGUGUAAGCGAGUUCAGUGAAGUGGUGGACCUGUUCACCUCAUGCAGUGUGCCAUUGCCGCCCUUCCCUCCAGAACUGGAGCUGGCAGGAGUGACCUUUCUUACUAUGAAGUGGCAAAGGCCCAGCAGCUCACCCAAGGAGGAUGACAUCUACUAUAUUCUGGAGAUGGAGGAAGAAGGCUCGGGAUAUGGCUUCCAGCCAAGCUAUGACGGUGACGAACUCUCCCACACCGUGAGGAAUCUCCGCAGGAGCACCAAGUACAAGUUUCGGGUGGCAGCAUACAACUCAGAAGGGAAGAGUAACCCCAGUCAGGUUGUGGAAUUUAUCACAAAGCCAGACAGACCCAGCUGUCCCUGCAGGCCUGCCAUCCGAGGAAGAGUCCAACCCGACAGCUUCAAAAUGGCCUGGGAACCCCCUAAAGACAACGGUGGAGCCGAGGUGACGAAGUAUGUCGUGGAGCUGUCUGAGGGCUUAAGUGGUUUAUUAUGGGGACUGGUGUAUUCAGGACCCGCCCUGGAACACAUGUGUGACGGUCUGAAGCCCGGCUGCUGCUACCAGGCGCGGCUUUACUGCAUCAGCGAGGGGGGGCAGAGCCCGCUGUCAGAAACCCUGCAGGUCCAGACUCCCGCGGUGCCCCCAGGGCCAUGCCUUCCCCCUCGGCUGGUGGGCAAACCCAAAGCCAGGGAGCUGCAACUGCGCUGGGGUCCUCCUCAAGUAGACGGAGGAAGCCCAGUGUCUUACUAUAGCGUAGAAAUCAGCGGACCGCAAUCUGAGGAGAGCAGGGAGGUUUAUCAGGGCUCGGAGCUGGAUUGUUCUGUGGGAGGGUUGCUUCCCGGCAAGACCUAUAGCUUCCGGCUGAAAGCGGCAAACAAGGCCGGGUUUGGGCCUCUCUCUGAGCGCUAUGAGGUCACAACGGGUCCUGGAGCCCCGGAGCAGUGCAAGGCACCUGCGACCACAUGCAAAUCACCCAGUUGUGUGAUUGUGAGUUGGGAGACCCCCCCUUGCAACGGCGCUCCGGUGACGGAGUUCCGUCUUGAGUGGGGAGCAGCAGAAGGCAGCAUGCAGGUGUGUUACAGCGGACCGGGACUCUGUCAUGAAAUGAAGGGGCUGCUGCCAGCAACCAACUACUUCUGCCGCGUCCAGGCCGUAAACGUAGCCGGUGUGGGGCCCUUCAGCGAAGCCGUGCUUUGCCAGACCCCCUGCUCCGUACCAGCAGCUGUCAGUAACAUCUAUGUGCUGAAGGAGUCUGAGCUGCAGAAGUUUGAAUCUUCAGCAGAUGAGGACGAAGAAGAGGAAGAGGAGGAAGCGGAAUCCCGCCCGCAGGUGGUCUUUUCCCCAUCGACCUGCUUGGGGUUUUCCUGGGACCCUCCGUGCGAUCACGGCUCCGAGAUCACGUCCUACCUGAUCGACCUUGGAGAGAGGCAGCCCGUCGUUGUCGGACCAGUAACCAAAUACAUCAUCCAGCAUCUGCAGCCCGACACCAGCUACAGGAUUAGAAUCCAAGCCCAGAAUAGCCUGGGAACGGGGCCCUUCAGUCACACCUUUAAGCUCAAGACGAAGCCUCUGCCGCCACAGCCUCCCCGGCUGGAGUGCACCGCCUUCAGCCACCAGACCCUCAGGCUCAAGUGGGGCGACGGCCCACCCAAAUCCGUCACCUCAGACGCCCCCCAGUAUCACCUGCAGAUGGGGGACAAGAGCGGCAGAUUUAUCUCCUUGUAUAAAGGACCAUGCCACACACACAAAGUCCAGAGGCUUAAUGAGUCUACCUCUUACACGUUCCGCAUCCAGGCCUUUAACGAGGCGGGCGAAGGGCCCUUCUCCAGUGUUUACACAUUCACCACCCCACGCUCUCCUCCGCCUCCUGUGAAAGCCCCUAAAGUGGAGCGUCUCGACGAAAACUCCUGCGAAGUCACAUGGGAGGCCCUGCCGCUCAUGAAGGGGGACCCGGUCAUCUACAGCCUGCAGAGCAUGAUGGGAAAUUCAGAGUUCAAACAGACUUUUAAAGGUUCUGCCACAUCCUUCCACGUCCAGAACCUGCAGUCCAGCAGUGACUACCGUUUCCGCGUGUGCGCCAUCCGGCAGUGCCAGGACGCCACGGAGCUGAGCGGCCCUUACAGCCCCACCGUGACCCUCUCUCAGCAGCGCAACGACACGGCGCCUGGCGGCGGCACGGCGGGCCCCGGCUCCCGGACCGGGACAGAGUCCAUCAGAACCAGACAGAGCCUCACGGACGAGCAGUGCGCCUUCCUCCUCCUCAUGGUUUUCGCCGUAAUCGCCAUCCUCAUCGCUUUUGUCAUCCAGUACUUUGUCAUUAAGUGAGGAGUCAGCGCCGCCCGGCUGCAGGAUUAUAGCUUUAUUCUCCCCCUCCUCCCCUCCAUCUCUCUGUUGUUUUGUGUUCUCUGUUUUGUACUUUAACUGUUUUCCGGUUUGGACGGCAUAAUCACAUUAUCCGAAACGGGGUGCAGCAGCAGGAUGUGUGUUUAUAAAUGGAGGAUGUAACAUCUCAUUUGGCACCUGUGAUUCCUUUCAGACUCUCCUGACUCCGUCACCCUGUCCCAAAGUUGUGGUUUCAGCUCAGAUUUCUAAUCUAUAGCGAUCGGCCGAACUCUGAAAGCAUAUUGGUUCAUUUCGGGGGAAGACGGCGCGUUUAUUAAAUGUAUAGAAACUGUCCAUAUUUAUAUUUCCAUUUCUGUGUCCAGUAUGAAGCUGUUUUUUGAUAGAUGUGUUCCAAAAAAAAUAGUUUGUAGGUUCUGUCUUUAGCCGACGUGCUUUUUGACUGUGGGACCUGAAUGGCCAGUGUUUGCACAGUGAGGUGUGUGUGCGUGUGUGUUCUCUAUGUAGUUUGUGCCACAGCUCAGACGGCUGGGAGGGCUUCACGCCCAGAUGAAGGAACCUAACUCCACACCCCACUCUACCCCAUGCGGGAGUCACAGAAAAUCUCUUUCACAUUACAGAGCGUUCAUUUAGCACUUUUCAAUUUUCUCAAGUUCAGAAUGUUCAAGGAUGCAAAAACGACUGGAGAAAUGUUCGUAUAUUUUUGUACAGCGAGGACACGAGGCUCGGAGGGUUUGUGGAGGAGAAAAAAAACAACAAUCAAAUCGUAAAGUUAAACAACAAAAACCAAACUAACAGUGAAUUCUAAUUAUUUUUACUAUCAUAUAGUUAUACUGUAGCUUGUUUUACAAUCAUGCAGCUGCUUUUCUCUUAAAUAUUGUCGUUCAGCACAAAAAAUGUACGCUUUCUCAUAUGUUUUACUUUUUUUUCUCUUUGGUAAUUGAUUUUUUGCACAUUAGUGGAAGAAAAUCUUGACUGACUGCAUUUGUUUUUGGUCUUGUGAUGCAUUUUAUAGAGCACACUUUGAGAUUGUGCAAGCCCUACUUGUGUUUUGGGUGUUUUAAAAGUCCUAGUAUCGCAUAACGUGUCACUGAAACAGCUCAUCUAUAAGCAGGAAUAAAAAGAAGAAAAAAAAAUCUGUAAUCCAGUUGUUUCAGAGGCCUUAAUUGGAGAGGGGGGGCAAAAAACAGUAUAAUUUUUUUUCUUAAUUUUCUCAAGUUUUGAUGUUCUCCUUUUUAGUGCUAGAAAACACUAAAAUGUGUUUUAUUUCCUUUUAUUUUUCAGCAUUCAUUAGGAGUUAGUUAACAUGUAAUCCUGAGAAAAAUGAAAAGUAGUUCUUUAUAUUUAGAUUUUUUUUUUUUGUUCCUUUUUUCGGUUCAUACAUGUGUGAAGUAUAUUUUUUUAUAAUAUUGAAGUAAUAUAUGUUAAUACUCUCCACAGAAGAUUAAAACAAUCCUGAGUAGUCACAAAUCAUGGAACGCAAGUGAUGGAUACAUAAAUGUGUUAUAAUGCAAAUCUAAAAUUUGCCUUUUCUCUGUACGUUGAGUAUUUGUAACAGAUUGCUGACACUGAGUCGUCUUCAGUGGUGAUCUGGCUGUAAGGUCUAGUGUUGUUUAGCAGAUCUCCGCUGCUGCCGCUGUAAAAGAAAAAAAAUAAAUAAUAAUAGAAAUGAAACGCAGGUACCUUGCAAAACAUUCUGAGUAAUUACAUGAUUUGGUCUUUCAGACAUUCUGACGUCUUUUCUUUGUCACUGAAAUGAUUCAAAUUCCUAUUUUUGAUAGCGAUUGCAAAGUGUGCCAUUUUAACACCUCUUCACCGUUGGGCUUGCUGCCUUUUGGCUGGAGAGAUUUAAAAAAGUAAAAAAAAAUAAUAAAAAAAAUCAGUAAAAUAUGCACAAAAAUAAAAGACCAUUUUUAUGUAAUUUUAAUGUUUGCAGUUACCUCAUACACCGUACAUUCCAAAAAGAUUUGUUAUACUAUACAUACUACCAGACAUAUCACUUUACAAUGUUCGUUAUGGGAAAAAUGUAUAAUCAUAGAUAUGUAUCUAUAGUGUAUCUGUAUAGCCAUGAUAUCUACAAAGGAUCCAUGCACAAUAAAAGAUUUAUAAUUCUUCAUCAUG